AUCUGACUCAGCCCAUAAACACAGUAUUCAGUCCCGAGUCCUGACUCCGCAUCACGCCGUCACCCGAUAAUUCCCACGAGAAAGGAACAUAGAGUAACAAAGCGUCGGAUUUUGAAAUCGUUUAAGCCAUGAGCACGGCUCCACAAGGAACCCACUCCCUCGCCUUCAGGGUGAUGCGGCUUUGCAAGCCAUCUUUCCACGUCGAUCCUCCGUUCCGCAUCGACCCCGCCGAUCUCUUCGUCGGAGAAGACAUCUUCGACGAUCCACUGGCCGCUGCCAACCUUCCCCCGAUCUUAUCCACCCAACUCAGUAAGUCCAUGGACUCCUCCGAUCUGACUUACGGCAACCGAUUCCUCCUCCAACAUCCAUCUGAUGCUAUGGGCUUCUCUGGCCUCCUCCUCCUCCCUCAAUCCUUCGGGGCGAUUUACUUGGGGGAGACAUUCUGCAGCUAUAUUAGCAUCAAUAACAACUCUAAUUUUGAAGUUAGGGACAUUAUUAUUAAGGCUGAAAUUCAGACCGAGAGACAGAGGAUCCUCCUCUUGGAUACCACUAAAUCACCUGUUGAAUCCAUACGAGCAGGCGGGCGUUAUGAUUUCAUUGUGGAACAUGAUGUCAAGGAACUUGGAGCUCAUACGCUGGUAUGCACUGCAUUGUACAAUGAUAGUGAUGGUGAAAGAAAAUAUCUUCCACAGUUUUUCAAGUUCGUUGUUGCGAACCCUUUAUCAGUAAGGACAAAGGUCCGCACUGUCAAGGAAAUUACCUAUUUAGAAGCUUGCAUAGAGAAUCAUACAAAAACAAAUCUUUACAUGGACCAAGUUGAGUUUGAACCAGCUCCUCAUUGGAGUGCUACAGUACUAAAAGCUGAUGAACUCCAUCCUGCAUAUAAUUCUUCAACCGGAGAGGUAUUUAAGCCACCUAUUCUUAUCAGAUCUGGUGGGGGAAUUCAAAAUUACCUUUAUCAAUUGAAAUUGGCUUCACCUGACUCUGCACAAAUGAAGGUAGAGGGGACUAAUAUUCUUGGUAAACUUCAGAUAACCUGGCGUACAAAUUUAGGUGAACUUGGCCGGUUGCAAACCCAGCAAAUUCUUGGCACACCAAUCAGUCACAAAGAGGUUGAGUUGCAAAUUCUGGAGAUUCCAUCUCUAAUCAAUUUGGAUAAGUCCUUUUCGGUACAUCUGAAUCUCACUAACCAUACAGACAGAGAGUUGGGCCCAUUUGAGGUCCGGUUAUCACAAGAUAGUGUACAUGGGGAGAAGAAUGUUAUGAUUAAUGGGCUUCAGACUAUGGUAUUGCCACAGGUGGGAGCUUUUGCUUCCAGUGACUUCCAUUUGAACUUGAUUGCAACUAAACUCGGAGUCCAGAAAAUUAGUGGAAUUACAGUGUCCGACACAAGAGAGAAAACUUUUGACCUAUUGCCAGAUGUGGAGAUCUUUGUGGAGUCUGACUGAUUUAUCAAAUAGUUACCAAUUGUUAAGGCUUGCUGAAGGAGUCAUCUCUCAACUGACUGAGCAAAAGAUGUUUCAAUGUGUGUCAUGGGCAUUGAUUAGAUCGAGCAGCGAGCUUAAUUCGUUGCAACUGUUACUGACGAUCGAACUGGUGUUGCAAAGGACGGGUGGGUGGGUGGCCUCCCUGACAUGUGUCUGUUUCGGUUCCUUAAACUCCGAUCUGCUCCAUGUUUUCCAUUGUCACAUAUACUUUGGAUACAAGCAAGCUUUAUGAUGUUGUACUUGUUUAACUUGAA